AUGCUAAUGGGUGACUCCAAUGUGCUCAUUCUAGGGGGCUGCGGAUUCGUGGGACGCAACUUGGUUAGCUACUUGGUAGACAAUAAGUUAUGCAAGUAUAUCCGAGUGAUCGACAAAACCAGACCUUCGCUGGCGUAUCUCAGCGAACGUCACAAGAAAGCGUUUGAAUCUGAUAUUGUUUCCUACGAACAGGCCAAUGUCCGAUCUCCUUCGAGUUUGGCUUCAAGUUGGACAAAAUCGGGCAAAGAGUUUCACUAUGUCUUCAACUUAGCCUCGGAGACAAGAUACGCACAGGACAGCGUUAUCUACAAUGAAAAUAUAGUCAGUAUCGUAAAAAUUGUUAUCGCGGAGAUCAAAAAGCACCCAAGCGUUAAGAGAGUAUUUGAUAUUUCAACGAAUCAAGUAUACAAUAUGCACGACAAGAAAAUAUUAGUGACAGAAGAUUCAGCGACAAAUCCUAAAUCACCGUUAGCAGCACAUAAGCUGACAGCAGAAGGACUAUGGCUAGAAUCGGGAUUGCCGGUGAUUAUACUGAGAUCUGCCACAAUAUAUGGACUUGGAGAUAUACGAGGAUUGUCGCCGCUCUUUGCAUGUGCGCGCGUUUAUGCAGAGUUAAAACAAAAACUGGUGAUGUUGUGGAGUGAUAACUCUCAGUUGAAGUUGGUUCACGUUAUGGACGUGUGCCGUGCAUUGUGGCACUUGACAGAUCAUGGAGAUGCUCGAAAAAUAUACAACAUAUGUUGCGAUAAGGUGAUCACAUCAGCUGAUUUAUGCAGAUGCACGGAAAAUUUAUUUGGCAUUCGAAUAAAAAUGGCCAACCGUUUAUUUUGCAAACUUUCAAGGUUGAACAUACAAUACAUAAUUGAUUACGCCAAUUUAAAGCAUUUGAAGGUGUGGACGAAGCUUUGCAAUAGAUCAGGCAUCGAGUCUACACCCGUGACGCCGGUUGUCUAUGAAGAAAACAUUAGGUCGCCUAGCUAUCCCUCAAUCGAUGUGUCUCUGCUCCUUAGUACCAAUUUUGAAUUUAAGUAUCCCAGUUUGCAUGAGUCCAUAUUAAAAGAACAGUUGAAUUACUGGGUAGACCAAGGCGUAUUUCCACCACUAGAGACUCAAGAAGUACUCGAAACUGAUAUACUUAGCGGUUCUGAAUCGCUCGAUAAAUACAUCGAAGGUCUUUAA